CAUUGUGGGAUUCAGAUGAUCCUUCAUUUUCACAAAAAAUGUUUUACUGUUACAGGGGAGAGAGCCAAAAUGAAUAUGUUUCAGUCCAUAAAUAGUGCCUUGGACAUUGCCUUGAAGACAGAUGAAUCGGCCAUUAUUUUUGGAGAGGAUGUUGGGUUCGGAGGUGUUUUCAGGUGUACUAUAGGAUUACAAGAUAAAUAUGGUAAAGACAGAGUUUUCAAUACGCCUCUUUGUGAACAAGGUAUAGCAGGAUUUGCAAUAGGAGCUGCAGCAUUGGGAUCAACCGCUAUUGCUGAGAUUCAAUUCGCAGAUUAUAUUUUUCCGGCAUUUGAUCAAUUGGUGAAUGAAGCUGCCAAGUAUAGAUAUAGAUCUGGAGGAACAUUCGACUGUGGUAAACUCACUGUAAGAGCACCAUGUGGAGCUGUAGGCCAUGGUGCCUUAUACCAUUCCCAGAGCCCAGAAGCCUAUUUUGCUCAUACUCCUGGUUUAAAGGUAGAGUUUAUCCUGUUAUUCAUCAAAAAACCAUUAUCGAUUCGACUUCUGAUAGAACUACUUCAUUUGAAAUGUAGAGUCGGAAAUUCUGGCGUAGAAUAAAUUCAACAAAUGCAACUAUA